AUUAGUACAUUACCGUUCUGUUUACUUUUGCUAACUUCUCGUUGAAUAGAGUAUAGUAAAUGACAACUCUUAUCAUUCAUACACGUCAAAAGUUGUAUGUUUAUUGAAAGUAGUGUAAAAAUUAUAGCAUAAAUAAUUUAAUUUUUAACUGUAGUAAAAACUAAUUGCAUUUAUCAUGGGAAAUCUGUGCUUAUCUUGUUGCAAAGAAUCAUCUUCGUGCGAAGAUUUAACACCAGAUUUGGAAACUAGGAGAAGGAAGCAAAUGGAAGCUGCAGAAAGAAGAAUUGCUGAACAACAAAAUCGAGGUAUUAAAAAUACUGAUGCUGUUAGAAGGCAAGAAAGGCUAGAUCAAUUACGUGAGAAGCGCCAAGAAGAAGUUGGGAAUAGGAAUAUGCAAAAUAAUUUAAAGUGGCAAAUUAGUUAAUCAUAAUCCUGGAUGGAAUUUGCUUCAAUAUUCAAAUUUUCAAAAAUAUACAAGUUGGAAUUAUUAAGAACAUAUACAAUGUACAAAAGGUGUAUUUUAUAUGGUACUGUUUAUUGAUAGAAAUCAAAGAAAGUAAUGUUGCAGGUCUGCAUUUUGCAAAAUAUAAAUAUUUAAAGAUAUAUACAUUUGCAUAUAUAGACGUAUAUCUGUUUUCAUAGAUUAUGUUUUUUAUAGUGCCUUAAAUAUUUAUAUUAAUUAUACCAAUAUUUUCUAUGAUAUAUAAUUAAAAAUGUAAUUGUAAUAUGUGACUAAGCGUGUCACAAAAAUAUAUGCUAUAUUAUGAAUAAUUAUUAUUACAUCUAAUCUAAUGACUUUUGGUGUUGAUAUUACUUAUAUUUUUCAUUCUAAUAUAUAUUUAUAUUUCAAUAUCACAAAUGUCUGAUGUUUUAAUAAUCUAAUUAGUGUUCGACAAAACAAUAUAUCUUAACUAUAUGUAUAUAAGAUCAUCAUGAUCAAAUUCUUUAUAUUUUGUUAUUAUUGUUGGAUAUACUUUUAUUAAGAUUGUAUAAUAUUCAGCACACACUAGAAUAUAUUAUUUAUUCAUGUGGCAUAUUUAAUAAGAAAAUUAAAAAUAAAAGUCACUUUCUUGUAAAAUUUCAUUUGAUAAUAAUAAUAUAUAUAUGUAGUUGUGUAAAAAAUACAAGGCUAAUGAUACAUAUAAAACUAAUUUAUAUUUAUUUUCUAUAAUGUGAUAGAUACAUUGAAAAUGAUGUACAGUGUAGGCUGGCUGUAGUAUUAGUAAUCAUGAUAAUACCUGUCAUUAAACGUAAAUGUACGUUUAUGUAUAAAUAAGUUUGUUAACAGCAAAAGUGAAAAAAUACAUGUUUAAAUGAAGAAUAUUUGUAUGGCGCUAUUAUGGGUAUAAUUAUUUGUUAUAAUUAAUAGCCUAAUGAAUUGUACAAUUAAUGAAAAUAAAUAAAUGUUUAUAUAUAUUCAA